AUGGCUUUGCCUCAUUGUUUAGUUCCUUUGACCUGUUUUAUGUUGCUUCUAGUACAGGCCAUGGCUAAACUUGAUUCCAAUUGGUACGAUGCUCGUGCAACCUUCUAUGGUGACGCAGCAGGGGGUGAUACCAUGCAGGGGGCUUGUGGUUAUGGUGAUCUUUUUAAACAAGGAUAUGGACUUGCAACCACAGCACUAAGCACGGCUCUAUUUAAUAAAGGAUCUACUUGUGGUGCAUGUUUUGAGAUAAUUUGUGUCAAUAAUCCUCAAUGGUGUAUAAAAGGUGCAAGGUCAAUCAAAGUAACUGCAACAAAUUUUUGUCCUCCUGAUUACUCCAAAACUACAGAUAUUUGGUGCAAUCCACCACAAAAACACUUUGACUUGAGUUAUAAAAUGUUCACCUCUAUUGCUUAUUAUAAAGCCGGUGUCACCCCUGUUAAAUAUCGUCGUGUUCCAUGCUCCAAAAGUGGGGGUGUUAGGUUUGAACUCAAAGGAAACCCUUAUUUCUUGCUUGUUUUGGUUUAUAAUGUUGCUAAUGCCGGUGAUGUCUCUAGUAUGAGUAUCAAAGGGUCUAAGACUGGAUGGAUUCCCAUGACACGCAAUUGGGGACAAAAAUGGAAUACUGGAACGAAUUUGGUAGGACAAGCUUUGUCAUUUAAAGUUACGACAAGUGAUGGAACAACUAAACAGUUUGAUUCAGUUUCUCCUUCCAAUUGGCAAUUUGAACAGAUUUAUGAGAGCAAGGGAAAUUUUUAG